GCAGGCAGCGCAGAGGACAAGGCAGCCACGAUGCCCGACUCGCCGGCCGAUGUGAAGACGCAGUCCCGGUCCACGCCCCCGAACAUGCCACCGCCAUCACCAGCUGUCUCCCAGGGAUCCACGCGGCACCCCACGUUCACCUCAAACCCUCAUCGUGAAGCUGGGCCGCCGAUGUUUCUCCCCCGCGGCCGUUUUCAUGGUUGCUUGAAAUGGUCCAUGGUGUGUCUCUUAAUGAAUGGAAGCAGCCAUUCUCCCACGGCGAUCAACGGAGCGCCCUCCACCCCCAAUGGCUUCAGCAACGGGCCAGCCACUUCCUCCACUGCAUCCCUGUCCAACCACCAACUUCCUCCAGCCUGCGGUGCCCGCCAGCUCAGCAAGCUGAAGCGUUUCCUCACAACUUUGCAGCAGUUUGGCAGCGAUAUCUCUCCGGAAAUAGGGGAGCGGGUUCGCACUCUGGUGCUGGGCCUUGUGAAUUCCACGCUGACAAUUGAAGAAUUCCAUUCUAAGCUCCAGGAGGCCACAAACUUCCCCCUGCGUCCUUUCGUCAUCCCAUUCUUGAAGGCCAACCUGCCCCUGCUGCAGCGUGAGCUUCUCCACUGUGCCCGCAUGGCCAAGCAGACCCCCGCCCAGUACUUGGCACAGCACGAGCAGCUCCUCCUGGAUGCCAACGCCUCCUCCCCCAUCGACUCCUCGGAGCUGCUGCUGGAGGUCAACGAAGGGGUUAAAAGGCGGACGCCGGACAGGACCAAAGAGAAUGGCUUGGAGCGCGAUGCCCUGCAUGCAGAGCACAUCAGCAAAAGGCCUUGCACCCUGAGCCCUGCCCAGCGGUACAGCCCCAGCAACGGGCUCAGCCAUCAGCCCAACGGGCUGCCCCACCCCACCCCUCCUCCCCCCCAGCACUACCGCCUUGAGGACAUGGCCGUGGCCCAUCGCUACAGGGACACCUACCGCCCCCCGGACCCUCGCGACCUUCGGGAGCACCCCCGGCCAGCGGCCAUCCACAGUUCCCGGCAAGAGGAGGUGAUCGAUCACCGGCUGACCGAGCGAGAAUGGGCCGAAGAGUGGAAGCACCUCAACAAUCAGCUCCUGAACUGCAUCAUGGACAUGGUGGAGAAGACUCGCCGGUCGCUCACCGUGCUGCGCCGCUGCCAGGAAGCCGACCGCGAGGAGCUCAACCACUGGAUCCGCCGCUACAGCGACGCUGAAGACAUGAAGAAGGGGUCGAGCCCUGCCAGCCGCCCCCUCAACAGCACUGCCAACAUCGAGGCGCCACUUCUAGACGCUCAUCGCGAAUUCGUAUCCAGGCCCCUGUCUGGCUACAUGCCGGAGGAAAUCUGGAGGAAAGCUGAAGAAGCCGUGAACGAGGUGAAGCGACAGGCCAUGUCUGAGCUGCAGAAGGCCGUCUCGGACGCGGAGCGGAAGGCGCACGAGCUGAUCACCACGGAGCGGGCCAAGAUGGAGCGGGCCCUGGCAGAAGCCAAGCGCCAAGCCUCCGAGGACGCCUUGACCGUCAUUAACCAGCAGGAGGACACCAGUGAGAGCUGCUGGAACUGCGGGCGCAAGGCCAGUGAGACCUGCAGCGGAUGCAACACUGCGCGCUAUUGCGGCUCCUUCUGCCAGCACAAAGAUUGGGAGAAGCAUCACCACGUCUGUGGACAGACCCUCCAAAGCCUCCAGGCUUCCGCUGGGGCAGCCUCCUCUGGCACGGUCGGGCUGCCCGGGGCGUCUGCCCAGCCGGACGCGGUGGCCGUGGCCCCUUCCGUCCCCAGCGCAGCCAUGGGAGGCAGCUCCAGCGACCCUGGCUCUGCCGCAGCCUCGCGUUCUGGCACGCCGGCGACCCCAGCUCCGUUGGACGCCACGUCCCGCUAGGCGCCAGGCGAGAGGGGAGGAAGGCGACCCUCGCUGCUGCUGCUGCUGCUGCUGCUGCUGCUGCUGCUACCCCUUCUCCAAAUGAAAAACACAAAACAAAGAACAAAACUGCAUUCAAUGCAAAUCUUCAGCUACCUGACACGUAUUUGACCUCCGGAGCAACCUCUAACUCUCACACAGAAUCCUCACGAAUCCUCAGACCUGGCUUUAAAUGGCGUUAAGGCGAGCGCCCACCUUCUCCAGUCACUCGUCCGUCCUUUGAAGAUGCCGAUGAUGAAUACUCUGCUUCUUACCCAUAGGAUUUGGGGGAAUUUAAGGUUGUUGGGGUUUUCCCCCCUUUACUUUCUUUUUCUUCUUCUUCUGCUUGGAUGAGGAAUUUGCAGGUAUCCCCACCUCUUGACUUGGGGACAGGGAAGGAAAACGGGAAGAUGCUCCCACCCGUCUUCUGCUGGAGGUGUGUUCACGGAAUAAAAAGAAUGAAAACCCCUUCCGUGAAAGAAGAAGGGGGAGAAGGCAGGGAAAAAUGGAUUUCAGUUACA